AUGGCCGAAUUCGUACGCGCCCAAAUCUUCGGCACGACUUUCGAAAUCACGUCUAGAUACUCUGACCUUCAGCCUGUGGGCAUGGGAGCAUUCGGUCUGGUUUGCUCUGCACGAGAUCAACUCACAAAUCAAAAUGUUGCUGUCAAGAAGAUCAUGAAGCCAUUCAGCACCCCGGUUCUCGCCAAGCGAACAUACAGAGAAUUGAAGUUGUUGAAGCACCUCAAGCACGAAAAUGUUAUUUCUCUGAGUGACAUUUUUAUUUCCCCAUUAGAGGAUAUCUACUUCGUCACCGAACUCCUUGGAACAGACCUACAUCGACUUUUGACCUCGCGACCAUUGGAGAAGCAGUUUAUUCAGUACUUUUUGUAUCAAAUCAUGCGAGGCUUGAAAUAUGUCCACUCGGCCGGCGUCGUGCAUCGUGAUUUGAAGCCUAGCAACAUUCUGGUCAAUGAAAACUGCGAUUUGAAAAUAUGCGACUUUGGUCUUGCCCGAAUCCAAGACCCUCAAAUGACUGGAUACGUCUCGACGCGAUACUACCGAGCCCCUGAAAUCAUGCUCACGUGGCAAAAAUAUGAUGUCGAAGUAGACAUCUGGAGCGCAGGCUGCAUUUUUGCUGAGAUGCUGGAGGGCAAGCCGCUAUUUCCCGGCAAAGAUCACGUCAACCAGUUCUCCAUUAUCACCGAGCUCUUGGGCACCCCUCCUGAUGACGUUAUCAACACAAUUGCUAGCGAAAACACACUAAGAUUUGUCAAAUCCUUACCUAAGCGAGAACGCCAACCCUUAAAGAACAAGUUCAAGAACGCCGACGCCCCAGCAAUUGAUUUACUCGAGAAAAUGCUCGUAUUCGACCCCAAGAAGCGGAUCACAGCUACCGAAGCUCUUGCACAUGAAUACCUUGCCCCGUACCAUGACCCAACAGACGAGCCGGUGGCUGAAGAGAAGUUCGAUUGGAGCUUUAAUGAUGCAGAUCUACCCGUUGACACGUGGAAGAUCAUGAUGUAUUCCGAAAUUCUUGACUACCACAAUGUGGAGGCUGGUGUCGCCGCUAUGGAAAGUCAAGAGUUCAACGGGCAAUAA